AUGACCGACACGCCCAAGUCCGAGCACAUCGCGACCAGGUUCAGCACCCCGGUGUCCGACCUGGACGACCACCGUCAUCAGCCCGAGUCCAUGCCCCGCGCAGACAAUCCGAGCCCCACCACCAGUCGGCGUCCAACCGUCGCCAGCGUCAAUUUUCCAUCCUUUGAUCGGAACGACCUCUUGACGGUAAACAAUGCGCUCGAAAGGUCUGGUAUGAUUGCGAGAGAUUUUGAGUGCGCCAUCCUCGACGACGAUAGAAGUCCAGGAGCGUCGAUGGCCGAACAACCGCCGUUCAUUCGGCGGGGCUCUGCCACUAGCCCAAUUGCGAGGCGAAACACCCACCGGCGCCCGCGCGAUGCGCAGGUCGAGCAGUACGCAAAGUCUAGGUCCUCCUCAAAGUCUUCGCGCUCCAUGUCCCCGCCAAAUUCUGUGGAUGCGUUCGCCGAUCCGCGCCGCCGCGACCGCGCUGGGACCAUGACCAGCCAUGCUCCUUCAGACCUUGACUUGAGGAUCCAUCGCACCGCGUCGCACGUCUCUCAUCCCCGCCGUCCGACCUUCAGCGAACAGAGCCGCGCAGGCACCGUCAAUGAUGCAGCUUCAGGCCACAGCUCGGCAGAGGAGGAUGUUUGUUUUCCUGUCCCCGAAGAAGCAGGAAAGACGUACAGGAUCGACUUUGAGGAGUUGGAAGAGUUUGUCGCAGAGAACACGACCAAGACGCCCAUCGUCAAUCCGUUGUCGCGGAAGCCCAGUAAAACCAGCAUCAAGAGCAAUGCAUCUUCCACGAAGCCGCGCGUCUUCCACGACUUGCGACAGAAGGGUUCCGUCACCGACUUUCCAAAGUUUGCCAUGUCGGACGCUCCACACGCCUACAAUCAAACGGAAGCCGCCGACAGUUCCGGUGAGGUGGAAGAGAAGGGAGAGUUUGGCCCAGGCGCUGGUGUCUUCGAAGCCCACCAAAACAGAUUCGGUUUCUUCUCCUCCGAACUCGAUGACACCAUCCAUGCUACUGACCUCGGAGGUCUGUUGAUGCCUGGAGAAUCGUUUCGGGACCUCUUCGAACUUCCUCCAGAUGCCGGUCUGUGGUGGUUGGACAUGCUGAACCCGACCGAAGAGGAGGUUUUCGCGAUUUGCAAGGCUUUUGGCGUCCAUCCUCUCACAAGGGAGGAUAUCUUGAUGCAAGAAGCUCGUGAAAAAGUGGAGUUGUUCAAGCAGUACUACUUUGUUUGUUUCCGCUCCUUCUACCAAAUGGACAAGGAAAGCGAGUAUUUCCUGGAGCCGGUCAACGUUUACGCAGUCGUCUUCCGCGAAGGUCUCCUCACGUUCACGUUCGCUCCCAACCCGCAUGCUGGUAACAUCAGGAAGCGUAUCUCCCGUCUCAAGGACUAUAUCUCGCUCAGCGCAGAUUGGGUUUGUUACGCGCUCAUCGACGACAUUGUCGAUACUUUUGGGCCAGUAAUUCGGGAGAUUGAGUACGAGACGGACGCCAUUGAAGACCAGGUCUUCACUGCACGUGCAGAGGACAGCCGCCAAAUCCUGCGGGCCAUCGGCGAAUGCCGCAAGAAGGUCAUGAGCAUGAUGCGCUUGCUCGGCGGCAAGGCGGAUGUCAUCAAGGGCUUUGCCAAGCGCUGUAACGAGCAGUACAGUGUCGCACCGCGCGGUGACGUGGGGCUGUACCUUUCCGAUAUCCAGGACCACGUCGUCACCAUGAUGAGCAAUUUGUCCCACUUUGAAAAGAUGCUUUCGCGGUCACACAGCAAUUAUCUCGCUCAAAUUUCCAUCGACAAUCUGAGCCAGGGCAACUCCGUCAACGAGAUGCUGGGCAAAAUCACUGUCAUUGCGACCAUCCUCGUCCCACUCAACCUCGUAUGCGGUAUGUUUGGUAUGAACGUACCCGUCCCUGGUGGCGCGGACGGAGGCAGCCUUGCGUGGUGGUUCGGCAUCCUAGGAGUCAUGACGGCGUUUGUCGCCAUGUGUUUGCUCGUCGCUCGGAGACUGAAGUACAUUUAG